AUGAAGAAGACCUCUUUGCCAGAACCAGUCGUUUUCUCAGGAUCAAAAACAUCCCAAUUCGCUGCCGAAUGCUGGUUCGACGAUGCAUGCAUCCUUGAUAUGGACUAUUUUGUUAAGACCCUAACUGGCAUUAAGGCUCAGGGUGUCCAUCCAGACCUUAUUGGUUCAAUCAUAGCCCAUUAUGCAUCAAAGUGGCUACCAGACCUCUCUUGUGACCGCCGUGCCAGUGACAAGGGACUAGCCAACUUUAAAGAGUCCCCGGAGAGUGUCACCGCUUUGUGGAUGAAAAAGAGAUUUUUCGUCGAAACCCUAGUGGGAAUCCUGCCUCCGGAGAAGGAUUCCAUCUCAUGUAUCUUCCUCCUACGUCUUCUUCGGAUUGCUAACAUGGUCGGUGUGGAGCCUACAUAUAUAGCUGAGCUUGAAAAGAGGAUUUCAUGGCAACUUGACCAAGCUUCAUUGAAAGAGCUAAUGAUACCUUCAUUUAGUCACACUUGUGGGACUUUGCUAGAUGUUGAGCUAAUAAUUCGUUUAGUGAGGAGGUUUGCUAAUUUAGAUGAGGUUGCUAAAAGUGGUGCUGCCUUAAUUAAGGUAGCUAAGCUUGUUGAUUCUUACCUAGCAGAAGCAGCUGUGGAUUCUAAGUUGAAUUUAUCAGAGUUUGUUGCUCUUGCUGAUGCUCUCCCAAGUCACGCCCGUGCCAUAGAUGAUGGUUUAUACCGUGCCAUUGAUACUUAUCUCAAAGCGCAUCCUGCUGUGUCCAAGCAAGAAAGAAAGGCUCUAUUUAGGUUAAUUGAUAGCCGAAAACUCUCUCCGGAGGCAUCACUACAUGCUGCCCAAAACGAAAGAUUGCCUGUUCGUGCUGUGAUCCAAGUCCUCUUCUCUGAGCAAACCAAGCUUAAUCGACAAAUGGAUUGGAGCGGGUCGCUUAGUGGAACUAGAAGCCCCAACUUAGGGUUUGAGGCCCCGGCAAGGUGCCUUUCGAAACGUGAAAUGAACGUUCAACAAAUGGAGAUAAGGAAGCUAAGAGAAGAUGUGCUUAGGCUGCAAAGUCAAUGCCAUGGCAUGCAAAUGCAAAUGGAAAGGAUGACGGUGAAAAAGAAAGGGUUUUUUAGAUGGAAGAAGUUUGGGAUUAUUCCUUCAAUGAAAAGUAAUAAUGUUGAGAAGAUUGAAGAGAGUACUAACGCAGGAGAUCAAGGAGAGGAAGGGUGUGGGAUGCAAACUCCUGUGGACUUGAAGACUAAGCUGUCUUAUUUAGUGGAAAUAGAUCAUGUAAUGGAAGCAUGCACAAAAGAUUGGGAGGUCUUUACGGGGACGGAUAUACAGCUUGCUUAA